AAAAAUACAAGCAGUUGUCAUCUGAGGAACGCGCUGCUUUAUUUCUCCUCCUCUGUAGCAAUAACAAUACCUUUAUUUUAGAAAACAAAAGAACAAUAAAAGAAAAAUUAUAUGAAGUUUGUGGGACAAAAUACGAUUCAAAGAACAUAUUUGAGAGUAUUCAAGCAUUGCAAUUGAAAGGAUUCGUAUCCAUUGAGAAAGAAAAAGUGACAUUUACUUCAGAUUGUGUACAAGACGAGACAAUGUUUGAUUAUUUACACACAUGUUGGGAGAAGAGCAAAAUCAAUGACCAGGACGAGGACAUUAAGAGGCUAUUACUUAAUGUGUCACUAGAGAGUUCUGCAAAGUAUUUUAGGUCGGAAAAUUUCAAUGGAAAAGGGAAAUUUGUUCGCUUUUCCUUAUCUCCUUCUUUUGGAAAAAUGACCAGUUAUAAGGAUUUUUUUACCAGAAUUAUUUCUAAGCUUGGAAGAGAAAUACUCAUUCAUGACAUCUUGGAUGAUAAAUCAUUGCAUUCAACUAUUUCAGGCCAGUUGAAAAUACCUGAAGAGGUAUUGCAAUGGGAUUUAGAUGCCCGAAGUCGAUACUUAGAGUACUUGAAAAAAGGAAAAACACCCAUAUAUAGAGCACGGGCUAUGAUAGUGGGUUGUGUGGGAGCUGGAAAAACAACUUUAUUAGAAAGACUGCAAGGAAAAUCACUAGAAGAUAUACAGAAAAUCACGUCUACUGUGGGACUAGAUGUGCACAAUGAUAUUUUUGAAGUACUGGAAAACGAAGGAAAACUAGAAGUUGCUGUGCGUAAAUGCGAGCCUGCAAUCCAUAUAAAAGAAAAUGUUCCGAUUGAUGAUACAGAAAAGGUAGAAGAGAAAAGGCUUCUAAGUAUCUUGGAUUUUGGAGGACAGUGCAUGUAUUACGCCUGUCAUCAGAUCUACCUCAGCAAACGAGCAUUCUACAUUCUGGUAGUUGACAUGUCCAAAACCUUGAAAGAAGGCAUAGAUGAAGAGCUGUGCGAUUUGAAGGAUACAAUGUUUUCAAAAUGGAGCCAUAGGGAUUAUCUUCUGUUUUGGUUGAAAUCUGUAAACUGUUACUGUGGAGAUGAAGCCCCUGUUAUCCUUGUAGCUACUCACGCAGAGGGGAAAUCGGAGCAGGAAAAGACGGAAUAUUACCAAGAACUUAUCAAGACGUUCCCUGUUUCUUCGACAAUUAAAAGACACUUGUCCAGCGAUAGAUAUUUUACAUUAAGUCUCAAAGAGCAUGGUGGAGCAUGUGUUGAAAGUCUGGAUGAAUUAGAAAAAAACAUUGUGGAAGUAUUAACGUCACAAAAACAGUGGGGAGAAGAGAUACCCUUUGAUUGGGCCAUAUUUGAAAAAUUCAUUUCAGAAGAAAAAGAGACCAAGCUUCAGAAACUGGACAAAUUAAAGGAAUCAUUUGAUAAAUUGCUACUUAUAAGCAAACAGGAAUUCAAAGACUUAUUACGCUUUUAUCAUGACAUUGGUGUUAUUCUAUAUUUUUCAUCUGAAGACCCAGUGAGAAAUAGUCCUGAAAUAGUUAUCCUUGAUAUUCAGUGGUUUGUCAAUUCAUUUAAAUAUGUAAUGACUGAUUCAAAACAAGCCAGUUUCAACAAAGUAAUAGAUGCAGCUCCCACUAGAGAGGCGCUAGAUACAUUUACAACAACAGGAGAGAUCUCAGGCACAUUCUUAAAAGCAAUCUGGACAGUUACAAAAAAUCAAACUGCAGUGGAAUACAAGGAUGAUAUGAUGAAAUACAUGCAACGAUUAGGUCUCAUCGCGAUAGAAGAAAAAUCAGAUAUAUGUUUUAUUCCAAGCAUGAAUAGAAUGAAAGUUCCGAAGCAUGUAAAAUCAAAGAUUCACUCAAAUCCCAACAAGUCUCCAACUCUGUACAUCAGAUUCCCUGUUUUACCUGUAUUUCUCUUCUACAGGCUGAUUGUGCUUUGUUUAAAGUCAGAAUGGAAACCAUUGAUGGACGAAAGAAAAUGUGUAUAUAUUGACAUUGCUAUGUUUUAUUAUCAAGAGCACGUUCUGGUUUUAGGAGUAAGUGAGAGUUAUAUACAGUUGUUAUUGUAUAAUGAUGAUGAUCAGAUGAAAGAAGAAUCGAUUAAAGGGGCCUUUAGCAAAGUUAAAAGACAAGUAAUGAAGAUACUGUCUUCUCUAACAAAUACAUUUAACGUCGACCUUCAUUAUGAAGUUGGAUAUAGCUGUACACCUAAAGAGUUUGGUAAAGAGCUAGAUAACACUUUUAUGACAGAGAAGAAUUUGUUUGUAUACAACGGGAACAAAUGCCCCCUUCACGCACACGCAGAAGACCAUGAUGUUAGAACCUUAAGCAUAUUCUUG